AUGGUUUCACAAUAGCAUUAUAGAAAUACCAAAUUAACUGGUGUACAUAGGUGGUGAUAUUAACUAAUAUCAUUCGAGGUGUUAUGCAUGUUCAAUUGGUUUGAAUAUAUAUUAAAUAGUUGCAUGUUUUAACAAUUUUUUUUAAAAUUAUUUUUAACUUUACUUAUAUCUUUAAAUUAAUCAUAUUAUAAUUGUAAUUAUAAUUAUAAUUAAACCUUAUACAAAAGUAUGGUCCUGUGGGCGGUACAGUGACGGCAAUUUUACACGCGCAAAAUAACAAUUGUGAAAAUUGUUCUACAGUCAUCAACGAAAAUGAGACUGGCAGUGCUACCAACAACACAAGCUCCCGCACAGGUAGCAUGGAUAGCAGCUGUAAAUCAUGUUCGGACUGUUGUCAUUCGUGUGAUACGUGUGAUGGUCGUGCUGCUGUAAAUGGAAGAAUAAGUUGUACUGACUGUGGUUCAUAUCACAACGAAAACGAAAACGAAAACGAAAACGUUGAUGAGCAUGAAGAACACAGUGAUGUGGAGAAUCAUAUAUGUGAUAAUGAAGAGAAUCAUAGCGCUGCGAGUGACGAUUUGUUUUCAACUAAAAGCAGUAAUCAGUUGGAAAGCGAAAAUUGUGAUAUAUUCGAUACAAAUUUGUACCUGACACGUAUUUUUGUAAAUAGAUUUUAUUAUUAAUUAUUAAAGUGUAACUUUAGUGUGAUUCGGUAGUGUGAAGCGUAGUAGUUGGUACAAAUCCAAAAUUUUCAUAAAAUGGGGCUAGUUGUGUUGUACACCUAUAAACAAUUGUUGCUAAUUUCUUUUCAAUUAAGUUAUUGUUUUUGUUUAUUUUUUUUUGUUAUAAGUUUUUGUACUU